AGGAGGAGAACACAAGCGAGAGAGUGAAAGAGAAGGAGGAGUGACAGAAAGGGAAAGAAAAGAGGGAAGAAAGAGACUCAUUAAGCCAAAGUCUUCUCAGCACUCGUUCUGCUACACAGACUCUCUAUCUUUCUUUCUUUUUCUCUCUCUCUCUCUCUAUCUCACUCACACACACGCACACACACACACACACACACACGUAAACUCAAAAACACAAAGCAGAAGUGGAAAGGCACACACUUUCAGUCGCCACGGUUGGCUAUGGCUCAGGGCUCUGACAGCAAUGACACAAGUUACAAGUCCCCGUCUCCUGGAAGCAGACCGAGUUCCUCAGAUGAUGUAAAGAAGGUGAUGCGGCGGGAGAAGAACCGGAUCGCUGCUCAGAAGAGCAGGAUGAGGCAGACUCAGAAAGCUGACAGCCUACACUUGGAGAGUGAGAACCUGGAGAAGGAGAACGCUGCCCUGAGGAAGGAGGUGAAGCAGCUGACCGAGGAGGCCAAGUAUCUGUCAUCCGUGCUGAGCAGCCAUGAACCUUUGUGCACAGGCCUGAAUCCUCAGACCCCCGACCUCCUCUACCCUCAUCCCAGCAGCUACCACCAGCACAUCGCUGUACCACACUACCAGCACUGACCUGCAUGACUAAUGAGACGGCCAGAGACGUGCUGCGAACAGAUGACUGACCUCAAUGGAGAGAAAGACAGACUGGAGAUGUGUCUAUAGAUGUUAACCGUUGUUCAAAACCGAUCAAGGAGUAACAUGACAGGCCAAAACGUCUGUGAAACAAUGACAGUAUGGAACCCAAACAGUGUUCAAAACUAUUUAUUUUGCUUCUCCCCAUCGCUUUGUUUUAUCUGAUUAAUAUCAGUGAUCUGUAUGUAAACUUAAGAAGCUCAGUGAGUAGAAACUAUCAACCAGUCUAUGUUUACAUUGGGAGAAAAAAAAACAACCUACUGUACAUUCAGGUGACUCAGACUAUACAGCGUCUUUGUAAAUUGCUUUUGUAGUGUCAUGGAGAGCACCUCUGUCAUCCUGUCAUGUUUUGAGUUUCUCGGGUUUAUUCAUGUGUUUCAUGUGUAAUUGUGGAUCGAUAAUGCUCAGGAGCUUCUGACAGCUUUGAUUGUGGACAUACAAGAAUGUAAAGUCAAGAAAAAAAGGCUUUGAUGUACCAAAAAGAAACAGCUGGCAGUGAAGAGUUGGCAUUCAAAGGGCCUUGACUUGUGUAAUGGGAAUGAUGCUGGUGUGCGAGAAGAUCCAGCGAAGAUAUUUAUUAAAUGUAAAGCCUUUUUGGUGAUUGUUUCUGACGUCCAGGGAACUUCUUAUACGUGUCUUCAUGCAGAGUGUACAGUAUGAACGGGUGCUUAUUACAGGGGACGUGGGACGAACCGCCUUCCUGUUUUAAUUCUGGAACGAGGGGGCCCCUAGAUGGCACUGUUCGCCAUUAUGAGAGAUGAAGUUACUUGUGCUGCAAAGUACAAAAAUAAUCAUUCAUAACCUGCCUCGUGUGGCAAUGGAUUAACUUCUGUCCAUGAACACAACCGAGGCUUUCGUGUUAUUCAUCGUUUUGUAACCAUUUUGUCAUUGUUCGUCUAGAGGACAAAAUAAAUUAUCUGUUGCAUGCA